GUAUCUGUAAAUGUGGUACAAAUUUUGGAGCAACAGAUUGUUCUCUAGACAUAAAGAAACCACCACGCCUUGUUGAUAUUCUAGACGAAGGACUGUGUGACAAACACAAAAGAGACUGUUCAAAUAUUUAUGUAUAUGGAGAGUUAUUCUUUGGCACAAACGUGACUUGUCGUCUUCAGAAAUUUACUAUCGGUGUUGACGAAGGGAGUAAACGUAUCGAAGAAUCUAUUAGAAUUAUUCCUGGAAGAGCCGAAACACUUACUUCGGCAAGUUGUCCAAUAUCUAAUCUCCGUAGACGGCGAUCGGUUUCAGAGACCACACCUGCAGAUUUUGUACAAGGAUUCCAAGUGACUGUCAGUAAUGAUGCUGUGAACUUUGCCAAUGAAAUAUUGAAUGCUUACGUCUAUGACUCUUCUUGUCAAGCAUACGAUAACUCUUCAUCAGUGGGAAUGAUAUUUAGUCUAAGGGUAUGA